UUACCGGUUUCAGAUUUUAAAUUUCUGAUUACUGAAAAAAUAUACUAAUCACAAUUUUUACUAAUUUUUCAAAAAAAUAGCGCCUUAUUUUGAAAAUAAAUUCUGCAAAUGAUGACGCACUGUACAUAGGGAAGUGGGAAUGCAACGGUCGAUUUUAGGACACACUGCAAUUGGGAUGCCACAGGAGAUAUAUACAAUAACAUCAAUGUAACCGAAACAUAAUUUUUCCUGCAUUGUCUUCUCCAAAACAAAAAUGGUGGCAGCAUCCGCAUACGAGGAGAGUCGUCGCAAGAGAGUAGAGGAAAACAGAAAGAGAAUGGAAGCUCUCAAUCUCCCUCUCCUCUCUCGAGCUCUUCACAAAUCUCCUUCUCCCAAAUCUUCUCCGUUAAAAUCGUUCAAGAAAAGCAGGACCACCGAAAAAGAGUUAGUUGUAGUGAGAAGAUCUGGUCGUCUGGCGAACUUGCCUUCCCCUGUUUACAAAGAAAUGCCUAUUGUUAGCGUUUCUAUACCUCGAAGAUGUAUUAGCAAUAGGCACAGAGAUCUUAGUAAUAGAGUAUACGCCUCAGAUGAAGCCAGGAUGGAAGCAUUAGAACAAGCAGAAAAUUUAAUGUCGGGUUUAAAAUCUGAUAUCCCAAGCUUCAUAAAAUCUAUGCUCCAAUCUCAUGUCAGUGGAGGGUUUUGGCUGGGCCUUCCAGUUCAUUUUUGCAAGAGCAAUCUUCCAAAAGGAGACGAAGUGAUGACUUUGAUUGAUGAAGAUGGGAAUGAGUAUCCAACAAUAUAUUUGAAACGCAAAACAGGACUUAGUGGGGGAUGGAAAGGUUUUGCGGUUGCUCAUGACCUAGCUGAUGGGGACGCUUUAAUUUUCCAAUUAAUCAACCGCACUACUUUCAAGGUGUACAUUAUUAGAGCGAAUGGUCCUUCAAAGGAUAAACAACUCGAGUGAAUUGCAUUUGGAGAUUGCAGCCAGUAAAUUAAUUUAGGAGCUCUAAUAUAGUGGAAGAAACGUCUUCGGGCUCAGUUUUUGUGUGAAAGACCAACUUGUUUUGUACGUAUCCUCUUUGAGGAGUGCAAGUUAAUGGAACUAUUCUGCUGCAUCUGUAAUCCAUAUAUGCAUAUAAUUGAAUAGAAUGACCCCAUGACGAACUUCUUGAA